GUAGUGUUUCAGUUUUGGAUGUGAAGAUGGGACAUACUUUGUUCUGUGUGCUGGGGUUAUUCUUGCUGAAUACACUCCUCCACUCUGGACAUGCUGAAGCAAAUAAAACCAAACCUGUCCUCACUGUGUCUCCAUCCUGGCUGAGUCCUGGAGCCUCAGUAACUCUGAGCUGCAGUGUUAAAGAUCCAUCUGCAGGAUGGAGGUUCUUCUGGUUUAAGGCUGUUCCCAAACUAUCAGGCAACUACUACGACCAAGAGCUGCUACCUGGCAGAAGCAACGGGACUGAACAGGAUUCCUACAUUGUUCAUGGACAGACACACACAGCAGGAUAUAAGUGCAGAGCUGGAAGAGGAGAUCCAGUGAACUACACUAAUUAUAGUAACACUAUGUUUGUCUGGUCUAAAGAUUUUCAUCCAGCAACAGUCAGAGUGAGUCCUGACAGAGAGCAGCACUUUUCCUCUGAGCCUGUCUCACUGAGCUGUGAGGGAAACUCUUCUAAGUGGAGAGUGAGGAGGUUCACUAAAGCCGGCCAUCUGUCAAACUGUUCUAAGUGGGGAACAAUGACUGGAUCCACAUGCAACAUCAACGAACUUCCAAACAAAACUGCAGUGUACUGGUGUGAGUCUGAAUCAGCUCAAUUCAGUAACGCGGUCAACAUCACCGUACAAACAGCGCCUGAUGACUCUUCAUUUCUUCUGCUGUUGAUUGUUCGGCCAGUUUGUGGAAGUUUACUGAUUAUUCUUCUGCUGCUGUUGUGUUGCUACAGAAAGUCAAAGGAUUCAAAUUUUGCCAAGACCCCACAGAGAACCAAUCAGGGCUCUGCUCCAGAUCAAGUGGUUUACCAGAAUGAAACUACAGUGCACUACUCUCAUCUGCAUGGUGAUGCUUGUCUCUCUGAAUCAAUCAGAGGCUCAGAAAACACUGAAAAUGAUGCAGAUGAAUCCAGCUAUGUCACAUACUCGUUGAUUCAGCUUAAACACAGUAGUAAUAAAGGGCAGCAUAAUGAACCAGAGGAGAGCUCCCUUUACUCGAAUGUGAAGACAGAAUCAGCUGCAGGUACAGUCACUUGCAACAGUUUGUCCAAUAGUUUGUUUUGAAAUAUGCAAAAUAUUAUUGAAAGUGACUCUGUAGUUCAAAUCACUCUAAUUUUACUUCCUGUUAUAUUUUAGUUUGUUUUUUAAUCUCUGGUUAUGUUGUUGCAGACUAGCCUGUAAAUGGAAAUUCUGUUCUACAGAAAGAAAAUACAAAAUACUGUUGAUUUUUGCUGUAAAAUGAUUGCUGUUGGUUUGUUGCUUCGGUUUGAGUUUGUUCUCUGACUCAAAAGAUUUUAAAUAAUCUUAACAACGCAAAAAAAAUUCUUAUUUAUUUUAUUUUAUAUUUUUAUUGAUUCUAAUUAAACUUGCUUAAUUGAUAUCCCCUCUAUUGUUGUAACCUGUAACUAUUUUCAUUACCAUUAAAUUCUAUAAA